AUGUCUGUCUCUCGUUCUUUAUCGUCUUCUAUACAAACUCUGCUCAAAAGUGGGUUCACUCCAACUCUCAAAUCCAUUAACCAAUUCCUUCUCUUUCUCUCAAAAUCUCACAAAUUCAACUUAAUUACUCACUGUUUCUCUCAAAUUAACGAAAACAAAAUCAAAUGCAGCUCCCAAACUCACUCAAUUUUCACCUGGGCUCUCUUAAAACUCAACAAAUUCGAAGAAGCAGAGCAUUUUAUGAAGACCCAGAUGGAGGAAUCUUCACAAGUUUCAAGCUUUGGCACUUGGGAUUCUUUAAUUCGAGGUUUAUGUGUCAAUAAAAAGGACCCUGAAAAGGGUUUGUUAGUGCUAAAAGAUUGCUUGAGGAAUUAUGGUAUAUUGCCUUCUUCUUUUACUUUUUGUUCCUUGAUUCAUAGUUUUAGUUAUAAAGGAAAUAUGAGUGGAGCAAUUGAGGUGUUAGGGUUGAUGAAUGAUGAGAAAGUUAAAUACCCUUUUGAUAAUUUUGUUUGUAGCUCAAUAAUUUCUGGUUUUUGUAAGAUAGGGAAGCCAGAAUUUGCUAUUGGGUUUUUUGAUAAUGCUGUAAAAGUUGGAGCUUUAAGGCCUAAUAUAGUUACUUAUACUACACUUGUGAGUGCACUUUGUAUGUUGGGUAGAGUUAGUGAGGUUUGUGAUUUAGUUUUUAUGAUGGAGAAAGAGGAAUUGGUAUUUGAUGUUGUUUUCUACAGCAAUUGGAUUUGUGGGUACUUUAGAGUAGGGAUGCUAAUGGAAGCGUUGCAAAAGCAUGGGGAAAUGGUGAAGAAAGGAAUAUAUUUGGAUAUGAUAAGCUAUAAUGUACUCAUAGAUGGUUUUGCAAAGGAAGGGAACGUUGAGAAGGCAGUUGGUUUUCUGGACAAGAUGAUUGAAAAUGGGUUAAAACCCAAUUUGGUUACCUAUACUUCAAUUGUGAUGGGGUUUUGCAGGAAAGGAAAAAUGGACGAGGCGUUUGCUGUGUUCAAGAUGGUUGAAAAUAUUGGAAUAGAAGUGGAUGAGUUCAUUUAUGCAGUUUUGAUUGAUGGUGUUUGUAGGAAAAGAGACUUUGACCAUGUUUAUCAAUUGCUACAGGACAUGGAGCUUAAGGGGAUUAGUCCGAGCAUUGUUACAUAUAAUACUUUGGUCAAUGGGUUGUGCAAGAUUGGGAGGACAUCAGAAGCAGAUAAAGUUUCAAAAGGGAUACAAGGAGAUACUGUUACAUACAGUACAUUGUUAAAUGGGUACACAGAGGAAGAGAACAUUGCUGGGAUUUUGGAAAUUAAAAGGAGAUCGGAAGAAGCUGGAGUUUGCAUGGAUAUUGUAAUGUGUAACAUACUUAUCAAAGCACUUUUUAUGGUGGGUGCAUUUGAAGAUGUGUAUGCACUGUACAAAGGAAUGAAUGAUAUGGACUUGGUUGCAGAUUCAGUUACGUAUUGUACGCUGAUUGAUGGAUAUUGUAAAGCAGGUCAAAUUGAUGAAGCACUCGAGAUGUUUGAUGAGGUUAGGAGGACGCUGGCUUCUUCAGUUGCAUGCUACAAUUCCAUUAUUAAUGGGCUGUGCAAGAAUGGUAUGGUGGAUGUGGCCAAAGAGGUAUUCAUGGAACUCAAUGAGAAAGGUUUGAUUUUUGAAGUUGGCAUCUAUAUGACUUUGAUCAAGGCAAUUUUUAAAGCAGAAAGGGCAGAGGGAGUUUUGAAUCUUAUUUACAGAAUUGAGAAUCUGGGAUUGGACAAGUAUGCCGUUAUUUGUAAUGAGGCUAUCAGUUUGUUGUGCAAGCAGAAUUGUGCGCUGGAUGCAAGUGAAGUGUACAUGGUGCUCAGGAAGAAUCAUUUGCAUGUGACAUGUAAGUCUUACUAUUCAAUUUUAAAAGGUCUUAUCAAUGAUGGAAAAAUAUGGCUAAGUCAGCUCUUAAUGGGUAGUUUUAUAAGAGAAUAUGGCCUUGCAGAACCUAGAGUGAGUAAGAUACUGCUGCAUUACCUGUGUCUCAAAGACAUAAACAGUGCACUUAAUUUUCUCAAUAAGAUGAAGGAGAAUGACCCAACUGUCACAUUUCCUGUCUGUGCUUUAAAAGUACUUACGAAAACUGGUAGAUUUUUGGCUGCCUAUGAACUUGUCAUGGGAGCUACAGAGAAUCUACCAGUUAUGGAUGUGGUUGAUUAUUCUAUCAUUGUCGAUGGUCUUUGUAAAAGAGGGUAUCCUGUCAUGGCUUUAGAUCUCUGUGCUUUUGCUGAAAAGAAGGGAAUAACUUUUAACACAAUCACUUAUAAUUCAAUCAUAAAUGGACUCUGCCACCAGGGUUGUCUUGUUGAAGCAUUUAGGAUAUUCGAUUCGUUAGAGAGAAUAAAAUUGAAUCCAUCAGAAAUAACAUAUGCAACACUUAUUGACAACUUAUGUAAAGAAGGAUAUUUUCUUGAUGCCAAGCAAUUGCUUGAGAAGAUGCUCCUCGAUGGCUAUAAAGGAAAUACACGCAUCUAUAACUCAUUUAUUCAUGGUUACUGCAAGUUUGGUCAACUGGAGGAGGCCUUGAAGAUUCUGGAUGAUAUGGAGAUCAACUACCUCGAUCCUGAUGAAUUUACUCUCAGUUCUGCGAUUUAUGGUUUUUUUCAAAAAGGCGACAUGGAAGGGGCUCUAAGAUUUUAUUUUGAAUACAAAGGGAAAGGUAUAUCCCCUGAUUUCUUGGGAUUUCUGCAUUUGAUAAGAGGUCUUUGUGCAAAGGGGAGGAUGGAGGAGGCCAGGAACAUCUUGAGAGAAAUGCUUCAGUCACAAUCUGUUAAGGAGCUAAUAAACACAGUCAAUACAGAGGUUGAAACAGAAUCAGUAGAAAGCAUUCUUGUCAUGUUAUGUGAGCAAGGAAGUAUCAAAGAAGCAGUUACUGUACUUAAUGAAGUUAGCUCUAUGUUUUUUCCUGUUCGAAAGUGGUUUGGCCCUUAUAAUGAGUCUCAAGAACUGCCGCAACUAUCAGAGUUGAAUGGUUUUAGUACUGGUUCUUCCAGCAUUGUAUCUUCUCUCAAAAGAACUGAUUUGGAUUUGGCAUCAGUGGAUAAAGCAGAUAAUAUGGUGGAGAACCCUGGUGAUAUGAAGAGGAUGUCCAAAUGUAAUUACUUUGACUCUUAUUAUUCUAUUAUCGCACCCCUCUGCUUGAAAGGGGAGCUGCAAAAGGCUAAUAUAUUAGCGAAGGAGAUGCUUGCUAGUUUUGAGGGAGAUUGUUAA